AUGGAAGAACAUUUAGAUGCUUUGGAAAUAGUAUCGGCAAAGGGAGAUAGGCAUGUAUCUAAUAAUUUGAGUGAUAGUCGGACUAUAAACUUUAGAGGCAGUUUUAAUGAGGUUGAAACGUUAUACCAAAUUGUAGUGAAAGAUAAUCCGAUAGCACGAAGAUACUGUGAUAAUUGUGGGUUUUCUUCAGUCUUUGAGUUUAAUUUUUCCAAUGCAGAUAGAGGUUUAGUUGAAGCCAUAGCUGAGAGAUGGCGGAAAAAAACCAAGAGCUUCCAUUUUAGAGAAUUUGAGCUUGACCUCCUUCCUUUAGAUUGGUAUAUGUUAACGGGAAUUCCCAUUGGUGACCUUACGAAAAAUCAAGUAGUUAUGCCGGUUUUGGGUGAGCUAACAUAUGCUUCUUUGGAUGACUUGUAUUUUCAAGAUUUCAAAGGAUUUGAAAAAUGGAACACUAAGCAAAAUACAAUAUCCCUGUCUAUCUUGAGAACCUACAUUAAAAGUAGAGAAAAUACCAACAAUGUUGAAUGUGCAAAUGUAUUGACAAGAGCAUUCUUUCUUUGGUGUUUUGGUCAUUUUCUUAUUGCGAGUUCUAGUGGAAGAGUAGAUAAACGUUGGGUUUUAUUGUUGGAUAAUUUGGAUAAAGUUGGGGAAUAUGAUUGGGGUUUAGCUUCCUUAGGUAAUACCUAUAAAUUUCUUGAUGGAUGGUCAGAGAAUGGGAAGGAUUUAUCUGGUAUGGUUAUGGUACUUGAGUAUUGGUACUAUUAUUACUUCCGCAACAUGCAACCCUUGCUUUGUCAGACACCUUCAGGAGAACACCAUGAUGUUUUCCCAAAGAUUAGUCUCUUCAAGAAGACUAACAUUAAACCAAGGAAGAGAGGCCAAAGAGGAGGCCAAAAGGAUACGAAGAAACACUCAGUGUCCACUGAAAGAGCACAAAUUGACACCAGAACCAGUGCAUUAUGUAUUUGGCAAACAUGGCUAAAUAGUGUGUAUUCUGAGGGGGAACAAUAUGAAUAUGCACUACAGUUAUCCAGAGUGAGAUUUGUGUUUUUUGACCUAGAAAAAGACUACAAAAGAGUUAGUUGUUACUUGGAUGAGCGAUUCCAGAGGCAGAUAUAA